UUGAGGCUUCUUGGGGGGGGGGAGGAAAAGGGUAGGUGGCUGGGUGACUGAGCCUCUCCCAGGCCACCCCUUCCCCCCCGAACUGUUAGCGGGAUUGACAGAGCCGGAGACCUCCUAUCCCCAGGGGGGAGGCGCGGAAGAAGCGAUCCUGCGUUCUCCUUCGCAGCCCUUGAAAGUCGAUUUUGCUGCUUGCUCUCCUGCGGACGCCAAGGCACGGCUAUGCGCGUGGGAAGCCCGAGCUCCGCGGAUCUAAGGAGCCAGCUGCUAUCAUGACUGAUGGCGAGAGGAGAGCUUCCUUCCAGCCACUGUCCAGGGAUGAAGUGCGGGUCCCCAUAGCGUCUGGCCAAGCCCCCAGCCAGGUCCCCCAAUCUGGAGAGGAGAAAGAUGAGGAUACCUUCAGUGCUUGCAAGUCCAUCCAGGACAGUUUGGCCUCGGCAGAUUCGUCCACCCGGGAUCCAACCCAUGAGGGAGACAACCAGGUCCCCUACCCUGCGCUGGCCUCCACCGUCUUCUUCUGCUUCAGCCAGACUACGCGACCACGCAGCUGGUGCCUCAAACUGGUCUGUAGUCCUUGGUUCGAGCACGUCAGCAUGCUGGUCAUCCUCUUGAACUGCGUCACCCUCGGGAUGUUCCAGCCAUGUCAGGACAUCAAGUGCCAGACAGAAAGGUGCACAAUCUUGGAGGCAUUUGAUCACUUCAUCUUCGCCUUCUUUGCUGUGGAGAUGGUUAUCAAGAUGGUCGCCCUGGGGAUCUUUGGCCACAAAUGUUACCUAGGAGACACCUGGAACCGCCUCGACUUCUUCAUUGUCAUUGCUGGCAUGAUGGAAUAUUCUCUGGAUGGACAUAAUGUCAGCCUUUCAGCCAUCCGGACUGUGCGGGUUCUCAGGCCGUUACGAGCCAUUAACAGGGUGCCAAGUAUGCGCAUUCUUGUCACCCUGCUCCUAGACACUCUGCCUAUGUUAGGCAACGUUCUCCUCUUGUGUUUUUUUGUCUUUUUCAUCUUCGGCAUCGUGGGUGUCCAGCUCUGGGCUGGGCUGCUGAGGAACAGGUGUUUCCUAGAUUCCCACAUUCAAAGGACACACAACCUGACUUUCCUGCAUAAAUACUACAGGCCGGAAGAGGGGGAGGAGAACCCGUUCAUCUGUUCCUCCCUCAGGGAUAACGGCAUGCAGAAGUGCUCCAGCAUCCCAAACCGGAAGGAGUACAAGAUGGACUGUACUUUAACCGCGGACGCUUACAAUCCGCAUUUGGACUCACUAGACUUGGGCAGUCGCAACGCCUGCAUAAACUGGAACCAAUAUUACAAUGCUUGCAGGACGGGGGACUUAAACCCGCACAAUGGAGCUAUUAAUUUUGAUAAUAUUGGCUAUGCUUGGAUAGCUAUUUUUCAGGUUAUAACCCUGGAAGGAUGGGUUGACAUCAUGUAUUAUGUUAUGGACGCACAUUCUUUUUACAAUUUUAUAUAUUUUAUACUACUUAUAAUAGUUGGUUCUUUCUUCAUGAUUAACCUGUGCCUGGUUGUGAUAGCAACACAGUUUUCUGAAACCAAACAGCGGGAGAACCAGCUGAUGCAAGAGCAGCGAGCCCGCUACCUCUCUAAUGACAGCACAAUUGCCAGCUUCUCCGAGCCGGGAAGCUGCUAUGAAGAGCUCCUCAAAUACAUUUGCCACAUUUUCAGGAAAGUCAAACGGCGGACCUUGCGCCUGUACAACAACUGGCAGAGCAAGCGUCGGAAAAAAGUCAACCCCAACAGUGGUGGAGACAAUGGUCAGGGCCAGCAGAGCGGCAAGCGACGCAUCACGUCCAUCCAUCACUUGAUCCACCACCACCAUCACCACCACCAUCACCACUACCACAUUGGCAACGGGAGCCCCCAAGGGCCAAGGUCCAACCCAGGGAUUUGUGACCUGGAGCUGGACGUCAUAAAGCCUGGAGGCCAACUGAUGCUUCCUCCACCUUCACCCAGCCAUCCAGGUGGUAGAGCUGCAGAUACGGAGUCCAUCCACAGUAUUUACCAUGCAGACUGCCACGUGGAAGGAACCUCAGUGAAAUGCAAGUCUUCCAGCAUUGCUGCAGGUAGCAAAGCUGCCAAUCGUGGCAGCAUGAACUACCCCACCAUCUUGCCUUCUCCGGCAAACAAAGCCAGUGUCCCUCCCUUGACCAAAGGGAAGAAAAACGAGGGCAGUGAGGUGACCUCUCCCAUGCCCAUGGUCAGCAGCCCAGCCCAUCUAAAUGCAGAUUGUUAUGGGAAGCUCCAUCAUCUGGUGGGAGAACGUGGCCUCUGCCGGACCUCCAGCAUUCUGUCUGGCCUGAACGUGCCAUGUCCCUUGCCUGGGCCUCAAGCCAACACUUUGAGCUGUGAGCUGCAAAACUGCCCAUUCUGUGCCAGCAUCCUUGAGGAUCCUGAGUUUGAGUUCAGCGAGGCAGACAGCUAUGAGUCAGGAGAGGACAACAAUGGGAUCUACGAGUUCACCCAGGAUGUAAAGCAUGGGGACUUCCGAGACCAGAUCCAGCAGCAGAGGAACAAGAAAAAGAAGAAAAGGAAACCAGCCAAGGAGAGGAACAAGCUAACCAAGGUCUGGAAGGCCUUUGGCAACAAGCUAAAACGGAUCGUGGAGAGCAAGUAUUUCAACCGUGGCAUCAUGAUCGCCAUCCUCAUCAACACGCUGAGCAUGGGCAUUGAGUAUCAUGAACAGCCGGAUGAGCUCACCAAUGCCCUGGAGAUUAGUAACAUUGUCUUCACCAGCAUGUUUGCUCUGGAGAUGCUGCUCAAGCUUUUGGCUUUUGGCAUCUGGGGAUACAUCAAGAACCCCUACAACAUUUUUGAUGGCAUCAUUGUUGUCAUCAGUGUCUGGGAGAUCAUUGGCCAGGCCGACGGGGGUCUUUCGGUGCUGAGGACCUUCCGUCUCCUCCGGGUCCUCAAGCUGGUGCGGUUCAUGCCGGCUCUCCGCCGGCAGUUGGUGGUUCUCAUGAAGACCAUGGACAACGUGGCCACCUUCUGCAUGCUGCUCAUGCUUUUUAUCUUCAUCUUCAGCAUCCUGGGUAUGCAUCUUUUUGGGUGCAAGUUCGGCUUAAGGACAGAGACAGGAGACACCCUGCCAGACCGAAAGAACUUUGAUUCCUUGCUGUGGGCAAUUGUCACCGUGUUUCAGAUCCUGACCCAGGAAGACUGGAAUGUGGUCCUCUACAACGGAAUGGCCUCCACCUCCUCCUGGGCUGCUCUCUACUUUGUGGCUCUGAUGACCUUUGGCAACUAUGUCCUCUUCAACCUCUUGGUCGCCAUCCUGGUGGAAGGUUUCCAAGCUGAGGGCGAUGCCAACAGAUCUGACACAGAUGAAGACAAAACAUCAACGAACUUUGAGGAAGAGUUUGAGAAGCUGAAGGAACUCCGUGCUUCUGAGAUGAAGAUGUAUUCGCUGGCCGUCACGCCCAACGGACACCUGGAGGGCAAGGGCAGCAUGCCCCCGCCCAUCAUCAUGCACACCGCAGCCACUCCCAUGCCCACCCCAAAGGGGUCUCCACACAUGGACUCGGCCUACCCUUUGGGGGACUCCAGGAGGGGCUGCAACGUUUCAGUGGACCCGCUCAGCUUUGACCAGAAAUCUUUGUCCAGCCUCCGCAGCUCCCCCUGUGCCAACUGGGGCAGCCGCCGCUCAAGCUGGAACAGCCUGGGCCGGGCCCCCAGCCUCAAGAAGAAGAGCCAGUGUGGCGAGCGGGAGUCCUUGCUCUCAGGGGAGGGCAAAGGCAGCACAGACGAUGAAGCCGAGGAGACCAAGCUUAGCACCCUCAGCCGCCGCCCCCUGCACCACCGGGCAGAGUCCCUGGACUGCCGGGGUGGCUUGGACCUGCCAGAACUCCUCCAGGUGCCCAGAGUGCACCCUCCGGUAGCCAUGCUGCCCCUCGAGUACCAGGACUGCAAUGGCAAGAUGCUGCAGGUGCCCAGCGAGCUCUACCUGCACCUGGACAGCCGCAAAGAGGAUCCCUUCGACUACGAUGAGAACAUGGAAGAUAGCUUCUGCUACAGAAUCCGCAAGAGCUUGGAGCCCUACAAGCCCAAAUGGUGCAAGAAUCAUGAGGACUGGUCCCUCUACUUGUUUUCCCCCCACAAUCGCCUCCGGGCCAACUGCCAGAAAGUCAUCACACACAAGAUGUUUGACCACGUGGUCCUGGUUUUCAUCUUCCUCAACUGCAUCACCAUCGCCUUGGAACGCCCAGACAUCGAUCCCAACAGCACGGAACGGAUAUUCUUGAGUGUCUCCAACUACAUCUUUACGGCCAUUUUUGUUGCUGAGAUGAUGGUUAAGGUUGUGGCUCUCGGCUUCUUCUCCGGGGAACACACCUACCUCCAGAGCAGCUGGAACGUCCUGGAUGGAAUCCUGGUCUUUGUGUCCAUCAUUGACAUCAUCGUUUCCAUGGCAUCAGCAGGCGGAGCCAAGAUUUUAGGGGUCCUACGAGUACUUCGGCUGCUACGCACCCUAAGACCUUUACGGGUCAUCAGCAGAGCUCCAGGUCUGAAACUCGUAGUUGAGACGCUGAUCUCUUCUCUCCGGCCUAUCGGCAACAUCGUCCUGAUCUGUUGUGCUUUCUUUAUCAUCUUUGGCAUUUUAGGAGUGCAGCUUUUUAAGGGCAAGUUCUACCACUGUGAGGGAGCUGAUAUCCGAAACAUCUCCACUAAGUCCGACUGCAGAAAAGCCCACUACAAAUGGGUCCGGCGGAAGUAUAACUUCGACAAUUUGGGACAGGCCCUGAUGUCCUUGUUCGUCCUCUCUUCCAAAGAUGGCUGGGUGAACAUCAUGUAUGAUGGAUUGGAUGCAGUGGGGAUUGACCAGCAGCCCAGCCGGAACCAUAACCUCUGGAUGCUUCUCUACUUCAUUUCCUUCCUCCUCAUCGUCAGCUUCUUUGUGCUCAACAUGUUCGUCGGGGUGGUGGUGGAGAACUUCCACAAGUGUCGGCAGCACCAGGAAGCCGAGGAGGCCCGGCGACGCGAAGAGAAACGGCUGCGGCGUCUGGAGAAAAAGCGCAGGAGUAAGGCGAUAUACAUGUCUGAAGCUCAACGACGGCCCUACUAUGCCGAUUAUUCACCUGCUCGAAAAUACAUCCACUCGCUCUGCACCAGCCAUUACCUGGACCUUUUCAUCACGUUUAUCAUUGGCGUCAAUGUCAUCACAAUGUCCAUGGAACACUUUGACCAACCCAAGUCUCUAGAAGAAGCCCUGAAAUAUUGCAACUACUUGUUCACCUUCGUCUUUGUGGUCGAAGCCAUCUUGAAACUGGUGGCCUUUGGCUUCCGGAGGUUCUUCAAGGACAGGUGGAACCAGCUGGAUCUGGCCAUCGUCCUGCUGUCCAUCAUGGGGAUUACUCUGGAGGAGAUAGAAAUGAACGCCGCGCUCCCCAUCAACCCCACCAUUAUCCGCAUCAUGAGGGUGCUCAGGAUUGCUAGAGUGCUGAAGCUACUGAAAAUGGCCACGGGGAUGCGGGCCUUGCUGGACACGGUGGUUCAAGCCCUUCCCCAGGUGGGGAACCUCGGCCUGCUAUUUAUGCUUCUUUUUUUCAUCUACGCUGCUCUGGGGGUAGAAUUAUUUGGGAAGUUAGACUGCAGUGAGGAGAAUCCUUGUGAAGGCCUAAGUCGGCAUGCUACCUUCAACAACUUUGGAAUGGCCUUCCUCACGCUCUUUAGGGUAUCAACAGGGGACAACUGGAAUGGGAUCAUGAAGGACACUCUCCGGGAAUGUCACAAGGAUGACAAGCACUGCCUCAGCUAUCUGCCUCUCAUCUCCCCUAUUUACUUCGUCACCUUCGUCCUCAUCGCCCAGUUCGUCCUGGUCAACGUGGUGGUGGCCGUCCUGAUGAAGCACUUAGAGGAAAGCAACAAGGAGGCGAAGGAAGAUGCUGAGAUGGAUGCCGAAAUUGAGCUGGAGAUGUCCAGAGGGGUCGGCACGCCAGAAAGGACCAUGGAUGGGAGACAGACCUCUUCCAAGGGGGGUUCACCCGUGCUGGUGAAGCAUAAAGCCAUGGGAGCUUCUGCUGCUGCCGUCGGCAUUCGGGAGCCCCAGAACCUUCUGACUCUUCGCAAGAUCUCAGUGGCAAGGAUGCAUUCGCUGCCCAACGACAGUUACAUGUUCCGUCCUGUGAUGCCCGCCAAGCUUCCUUUCCCGCUCCAUGAAGGGGAGCUAGAAGCCUUCUCCUACAAGUCACCUCGAGGGUCCAUCACGUCCAUCCGUUCUCAGCCACUGGUCACUUCUUCAUCUCUGAGGAUCCCACAGUUGGCCUUCCGCCCCACAACACCCCCUCCUAGCCACAACAUGGGAGCUCCAUGGAAGCUUCUACCCCCUCACCCUGCCCCUCGCACCCCCAGUUUCAACAGACUGCUGUGUAGACAGGAGGCCGUCCGGAAAGACUCGUUGGAUAGCUCAGCUGUGGAGUCAAAGCAGUGUGUCCAGGCUGAGAUGCGUGAAAACCCACCCCUGAAAAAGUUGUCCCACAGUAUUUUGGGGGCCCCUCAGCCUCCCCCGGCCCCCACAUCCCUCCCAGGCAGUCCUCCCCUUCCCCACCCCUCCCCUUCUCACCCUUCAAGCAUCCACACCCACAAGGACACCUUCAGCCAGCACAACAUCUCAAAUAGGAGGUCCACCCACGGUAGCCUCCUAGACACCUCCCUCUUUGAGUCCUCCGAUCUGGCAGACGAAGAGGUCCGCCACAUCAACAGCUCUGCACGGGAUUGGAGGGCACAGCUGGAGAGCCAGGACUGCUCUGACUCCCCUUUUGCCUCUCCGGCGCCAUCCCCUGUCCCCUUCAGGAACUGCAGCACAACCAGCUUGACGAUGGGGAAGGGCAAGGAGAAGGACCUGAAGAAGUUCUACAGCGUGGACACCCGGGGGUUCUUGGCCAAGCCGCUGUGGGCCGAUGACCAGCGACGGCACUCCAUUGAGAUCUGCCCCUCGGUCGACCACAGGGCUCAUGGCUUCACAGACACUUCUGAAAGGAGGAGGCUGCCUCUCCAGGUCCAGUUGGAGUCCGAGUACCUGCACGGCCUCCGGAGGAAGAAGAAAAUGAGCCCCCCCUGCAUUUCUAUUGACCCUCCCAUGGAGGAAGAAAGCAGCACCACCACAACACGCACCAAGGCCUCUGAGAACAGCCUGCUGAGGCGGAGAACGCCCUCUUGCGAAUCCACAGCCUACAGGGACACCUUGGAGCUGGCUGAGGGUCAGCCUGGAGAACCAGCCUGCAAGGCAGACCGCUGGGCACCCCCAGCCUGCCGAGGGGAGCACUUAACCAUCCCAAGCUUCUCCUAUGAACCGAUGGACCCCGGUUCCAUGGGUGAGCCCUGCAAACGCCUCUUGGAGAGUAGCCAAGCUUCAGACCGUUCUGUGGAUUCCACCCCGGAGGGUCCAGAGCUGCAGCCAACAGACCCUUUGGAGACUCACAGCAACCCCUCUGAGACAAACCAAGAAGAACUUGGGGGGGCGAGGAAGUGUCCCCUCCCACAGUACGGACAGGUUCCAGGGACCCCAACCACCACAGAAGAGGUUGUGGACGAGCCGGUAUAGCUUCCAAGGGGGGUGGUCUUUGGUGAACUUUAAGGGCUUUGCCACCACAUGUGGCUUCGGAGAGGAGAACAGGUUGGAAAGCCGCCCUCUCCAUGGUUGAUGCUUACCCCCCCCCCAAAACCCGUGGUUUCUCCUCGCUGCGAAGGUCCGGUUGCUUUAGAAACAGAACCAAAGUCCCAGAGAAACUCAAAGCGUCCCAAGAGUUUCGGGGGUAACCGGAAGGAAUCAGAUUUCCUUCCCGCCCAGCACAAGGAGAAGCUGUUCCAGUGUUCCUCUUCCUCCCUCUUCCUCCCCCUCCCCCUCACCCAGUGUGGCCUCGGACCCCUCGAUGGGGGUUGUAGACCUUUCUUUUAUCUUUUUUAAAGGCAACCCGUGGCUGGGUCAGAAAAACCUCUUUUCUGGCUUUUUUUUCCGAAAGGGCACCUUUUCUUAUUGCACGAAAAGCGGUCGCGGGAAGCGCACGUGACCAGGCAGAAGCGAGUUGUAUAUUGUUCUGUAUAUCAGCAGUUACUAUAAAUAGAAAACCAUGUAUUUGAGAUUUUUUUAAAAAAAGAAAUGAAAGAAACACACACCACAGGCAGACACACCUUGACACACACGCCCAUAAAAGCCCCCAAGGAAGUCCUUCAUCAAAUGCAGAGUUUUGCAGAAAACCCGCCCAUCAGGAGGAGCCCAGAGAUGUCAGAGGCGCUGAGCGCCCUUAACUCAACCAAGUCACUCCAUCGUGUGCCACAACCACAGUCCAUUCUGAAGACCAGUGAAUUCGCUCUUCGUGUCCAUUUUUCCGUCCCUAGGAGCGAGGGCAUCCCAGCUUGGCAAUUUUAAGACCUAUGACUUCAACUCCCAGAAUUGCACAGUCCCCAGGUUUUAAAGUGGUCAAAGUUGGAGGGACCCUAACCCUACCAAUUCCAGCUGGAUUAGGCUUCCCAUAGGAGGGUGAAUCGAUUCAUUUAAUUUCAUGUGUGCGUUCACAUCUGACCCUCAGUGGAGUGAUGUCCUCGUGGAUUCGAUGCAGACACUUCACCAUAUUCACUGUCCUCUUUCGGUUUGGCUCCAUCCCCUCAUUCUCCUUCGCUGCCCCCCACUUCAUGCCUUGCCAACUUUCUUCUGGUCCUCCUUGCUCCAGAAAAUGGGGGGGGGGAAUACCAAAACCACUACUGAAUUGUAGCCAGUGCAAUAACAAUUAAGUUAUUAAUUCUUCUUAUGGGUAAAAGAAUCUCUCUUUUUUAUGACGAUUAUGAAUAAUAAUUAUAAUAAUAAUAUUUUACAUAUACUCAAGCGAUGUUGUAUUUUCCCCCUUCCCCCCCCUCUGUUUUCCUAUGGAAUUCAGGUGAAAUGUUGCAAUAAUCCGAACUUUAAAAGUGCACAAUGAAAACUAAAGAAGGAAAUUUCCAAAGUCAGCAGGAAAAGAGGGAAAAAAAACCAAAUAAAUAGUAAAUUAUUUAAAAGUUUCAAUUUUGUUUGUGGCGUGCAGGGGUCAAUUAAAUCCUAAAGAGCUCCAAU